AAAGUCCAGGCGCAGAACAUUUUUUCCCUCCUCGAGAGGGUUACGUUUGGAAAAGGGGCUGUGAUCAGGCGAUGAAGACAAAAUAGCAACACGUUAUAGGACAGCGACAAUUAGAUAUAGGAACGAUAUCUGUCUGUACCUAGAGGAGCAACGCACACCCGCCGUACCACAAUACUCCUAGUUACUCUAUCACUGUGGAAUAAUGGCAGACACUGAAAGUUGUGUCCUUCAUCUACCUGCCCUGGAGGAUAUUGCAAGAGUACUGGAAAGCGGACUGAAGAAGAAUUAUGCAGAUGUGCAUGUUAAUGUUGUGGACUGCCCUGAUCUGACACAGGAACCAUUCGGAUUCCCUGUAAAAGGGCUGUGCGGAAAACCAAGAAUUGCUGAUGUUGGAGGUGUCCCAUAUUUGGUACCAACUGCACGUCUCGAUAAAAUAUAUAACAUUAAUACAGUAUCAAAGAAGAUUCACCUACCUGGAGCCUACAUACUAGGUGCUGGAGCCGUUUCACAUAAAAGCGUGUCUAUGAACGCUGAGCUUAUAUUUUCUAUACAAGCAGAGAGCUUAACUGCAGCGGCUGUAAAUGGGAAUUACAUGGCUAGUGUCAACCCUGCAGACAACAGUUGCCUCUUGGAGAAAUACAGCGAUAAGUACCAUGACCUUGACUUUGGACUUCUAUCUAACCUGUAUGCCAGUGAGGGGAAUCCAGGAAAGGUCAUAGAGGUGAAUGUAAAGCAAAGGACAGGUAAAGAUAACUUUGUAAGCUGUAUGAGAAAGUCUUUAAAAGAACAUUAUGAAGACAAACCUGUGGGAAUGGGAGGAACAUUUAUUAUACAAAAUGGAAAAGCAAAACUCCAUAUAAUGCCCCGCGAGUUUUCUGUCUGUCCCCUUAACACAGAUGAGGAUGUGGAUCAUUGGUUGAACUUUUAUGAUAUGAAGGCUCCACUGAUUUGCCAGUCCGUGUUUGUUUCUCAUGACCCAGGCUUUGACCUGCGGGUGGAACACACUCAUUGUUUCAGUCAUCACGGAGAAGGAGGACACUACCAUAAUGACACAACCCCAGAUUCUGUGCACUAUCUUGGCUACUUCCAUCCAGCAGAGUAUCUCUACCGCAUUGACAGACCACCUGUUACACACCUGGUUGGACGAGAUUAGGUUGAGCACCAUCUUUCCACAACCUUAAAAGAGAAAAUGUAUCAUUAUAUAUAAUCAUCUUGGUAUGAUGUAAUAAAAUGUGUAUUAAACAUAGCCAAGCUUUGAUGGGAAAUUAAUAUGUAUUGAUUAUUGUUGGUGAUACAUAUUAUGAUUUGCUUCUUUUGAACUCUUACAAAGCUUCUAAAGUUUUAAAUAUAAUUUGAUAACAUUUGAUUUUCAUUUGAGUAAAAUAAACGAUUGAGUCAAACAUU